AUUUCAGAAUUUGAAAAUGCUGAAACCCUUCUCAUAUCAGAAGUUCAUAUGUUACUAGAACAUAGGAAAGACCAAAAUGAAUCUGCAGAAGAUGAACAGGAGUUUUCUGAAGUAUUCAUGAAGACCCUGACAUAUACAGACCGAUUCAGGAAAUUCAAAAAUAAGGAAACUAUUUCCGCAGUGAGAAACCUGCUGAUGCAGACCAAAAAACUCCAUAAAUUCGAGUUGGCUGCCAUUGCGAAUUUAUGCCCAGAAUCAACAGAGGAAGCCAAAUCUCUCAUUCCAUCUCUCGAAGGACGUUUUGAAGACGAUGAACUGAAAGCUGUUUUAGAAGACAUUCAGACAAAGAGGAGUAUACAGUAUUGAAGAACUUACAACUUCAUCUGACUUGAACUGGGAUUUUAUUGAAUAUGUAAAAUGAAUUAUUAUUUCUACAUCAAUGCUUUUAGAGUCAUACUUGGUAUAGGUAAUUUAUAUGUAAUCGUUCAAAUCCACAUUAAAGUCAGUUUCAAGUAA